AUGCCCGCGACGUCGACGAACACGACCUUGAUCGCCACCACCCGCGUCGCGCGCGCGCACGACCGCGCGCGCGCGCCGCGACGCACGCAGACGUCGUCAUCACCGCGGGUUCGCGUCGAGCCCUUCUCGACGCACUCUUCGCCCGCGCGACGCUUCGCGGUCGUCCCGAACGCCGGAAACUCAUUCGGGAGAAUCUUCCGCGUCACCACGUUUGGCGAGUCCCACGGCGGGGGCGUCGGGUGCGUCGUGGACGGCGUUCCACCGAGAUUGGCGCUGACUAGGGAGGAGUUGCAGUUUGAGCUCGACCGAAGACGCCCAGGGCAAUCGAGAAUCACGACGCCGCGUAACGAAGAAGAUUCGUGCGAGAUUCUGAGCGGUGUUGGGUUAGAUGGGAUCACUCUCGGGACGCCGAUCGCGGUGGUGGUGCGGAACAAGGACCAGCGAAGUCAGGACUAUGGCGAGAUAGCGGUGGCGUAUCGACCGUCGCACGCCGACGCGACGUACGAUAUGAAGUACGGCGUUCGGGCGAUCGCUGGGGGUGGACGAAGCAGCGCGAGAGAGACCAUUGGACGUGUUGCGGCCGGGGCGAUCGCAAAGAAGGUUUUAAAGGAAGUCGCGGGGACGGAAAUUUUGGCGUACGUCAGUGCAGUACGAGACGUCCAGGCGACGAACAUCAAUCAUGAGACGAUGACAAUGGCGGACAUCGAGGCGAACAUGGUGCGGUGCCCCGAUGAAGGGUGCGCACAGAAGAUGAUCGACGCGAUCGACGAGGUGCGCGUGCGAGGGGACUCGUGUGGGGGGGUGGUGACGUGCGUCGUACGCAGCCCGCCACGCGGGUUGGGUGCGCCGGCGUUCGACAAACUCGAGGCUGAUUUGGCUAAGGCUAUGCUCAGCUUGCCCGCGACGAAAGGUUUCGAGAUUGGCAGCGGAUUCGAAGGCACUUUACAAAAGGGUAGCGAACACAACGAUGAGUUUUACAUGGAUAACUCGAAGGGCUUGCGCACGCGCACCAACCGCUCAGGCGGGAUCCAGGGUGGGAUCUCUAACGGUGAGAUGAUCGAGAUGAAGAUCGCAUUCAAGCCCACGUCCACGAUCACGCAAGCGCAGAACACAGUGAACCGCGAUGGGCAAGAGGAUAUCCUAAAGGCGAAGGGCCGGCAUGAUCCGUGCGUCGUUCCGCGCGCCGUGCCGAUGGUCGAAGCCAUGGUCGCCCUCACACUCGUCGAUCACUUGAUGCUUCAACAUGCGCAGUGUAACUUGAUCGGCGCCAGUGAUCUUACCAACCUCGUCCAGGGUAACAUGCCGACGUUAUACGAUGCCAACGCCAUCGCAGCUGCAGCGGAGAACGCUAAGGGGAAGAUGGACACCAAGGCUAUGUCGGACGCUUUCAGCGAGGAUUAA